ACUCGGUGACUGGGAAGCCACGGCGGGCGGGCGCACUGGGAGCCCGGGGAGAGGAGGACAGCACCCCGUCCUGCGUGCUCACACCCUCUCCCCAUCGCCGACCAUCCUGCCGCCCCAGGCCUGGCCGAGGACCGAGAAUUGCGCUGCCGACGUGCAGGCCCGGCGUUGGGUGGGGGGAGGACGGUGCCGCCGCCGGACGCCCCUCACACUGCCCUGCCCUGGCCUCGCAGACAGCCGCCAUGUGGCCCCUGUGGUGCCUCGCGUCCCUGCUGGCCCUGAGCCAGCCGCUGCCCUUUGAGCAGAAGGGCUUCUGGGACUUCUCCCUGGACGACGCGCUGCCCAUGAUGAACGAUGAGGAGGCUUCCGGCGCCGGCACGACCUCGGGCGCCCCGGACCUGGACUCGUUCACGCCCACCUUCAGUGCCGUGUGUCCCUUCGGCUGCCACUGCCACCUGCGCGUGGUGCAGUGCUCAGACCUGGGUCUGAAGGCUGUGCCCAAGGAGAUCUCGCCCGACACCACGCUGCUGGACCUGCAGAACAACGAGAUCUCCGAGCUGCGCCGGGAUGACUUUCAAGGCCUCCAGCGCCUCUACGCUCUGGUCCUGGUGAACAACAAGAUCUCCAAGAUCCACGAGAAGGCCUUCAGCCCCCUGCGCAAGCUGCAGAAGCUGUACAUCUCUAAGAACCACCUGGUGGAGAUCCCGCCCAACCUGCCCAGCUCCCUGGUGGAGCUGCGCGUCCACGACAACCGCAUCCGCAAGGUGCCCAAGGGCGUGUUCAGCGGCCUGCGCAACAUGAACUGCAUCGAGAUGGGCGGGAACCCCCUGGAGAACAGUGGCUUUGAACCUGGAGCCUUUGAUGGGCUGAAGCUCAACUACCUGCGCAUCUCGGAGGCCAAGCUCACUGGCGUCCCCAAAGACCUCCCGGAGACCCUGAAUGAGCUGCAUCUGGACCACAACAAGAUCCAGGCCAUCGAGCUAGAGGACCUGCUGCGCUACUCCAGGCUUUCCAGGCUGGGUCUGGGCCAUAACCAGAUCCGCAUGAUCGAGAACGGAAGCCUGAGCUUCUUGCCCACCCUGCGGGAGCUGCACUUGGACAACAACAAACUGUCCAGGGUGCCGGCCGGCCUUCCGGACCUCAAGCUCCUGCAGGUGGUGUAUCUACACGCCAACAACAUCACCAAGGUGGGCGUCAACGACUUCUGCCCCGUGGGCUUCGGGGUGAAGCGGGCCUACUACAACGGCAUCAGCCUCUUCAACAACCCCGUCCCGUACUGGGAGGUGCAGCCGGCCACCUUCCGCUGCGUCACCGACCGCCUGGCCAUCCAGUUCGGCAACUACAAAAAGUAGAGGCGGCAGCAGCAGCCUGGCCGCCCGGGUGGGACCUCUGGGGGCCGAGCGGGAGGGGAGCCCCAGCGCGAGCACACCCGACCCAGCCCCACCCUCGCUCCUGAGCCCUCACUGCCCUGGCUCCCGAGUGUGGGAUGGGGAGCUGCCCCAGCCCACUCAUCGGAGCCCCUCAGAUGUACCCCUCAAGCCGUUCUUCCCAUUCACCCCAAACCAAACUGUCCCAGGCGCCAGCACGAGGGCAAUGGCCCACGAGUCUGGGACACAGGUAGCCGUGAGUCAGGCCGAGCCCAGGCCCCGCCCGCCUCAGUGCUCAGGUCCCACCGGCCUCCUGCUCACUUGCUACCCUUGGCCCCCCGCGUCCCCAGGCCAGCCGCCUCACUGCACAGAGUGGGCAGGCCUCGCCCGCUGCUCUCCCUCUCGCCCUCACCUCCGGACCCUCAGCCUGGCCCCUAUGCAGCCCGUGCCCAGACAAGCCAGGAGGAGGCCGUUGGCCCCAGACCAGCCCAGACCUUGGCCCCGCACCCAGAGGGCCCUGGAGCAGUGGCACGACCGCAGGACUGGGGCCUGGACUCGCUCGCCACCUCUGUGCCCCACGCCCAAGCCUGUGAGCCCCAGCACGGCUGCUCUUGGCCCGCCUCACCCCACAGCUAGGCCGCCUUCGUGCGCGCACGGGCCAGGCAGGGAUCAAGCAGCCCUCGGUGGGGCUGCUUCGGAGGCUACCGCUGUCCUUCGAUUAAAGAAGCGCUGAGCAUGCA